AUGGCGAGAACUGAGAACGCAUCAAUGGCAGUUCAACCAAUUCAACAUGUUCAACCAAGAAGGGGAAUCCUGCAGUUGGGAAACAAUGAUGCAUCACUUGCAGAACAAAAGAUCCUAUCUCAACAGAUAUCUAGUUUGAAUGCGAAGUUGGACAAGUUGCAACUUUCUACAACUCAAAACUUCCAGAGAAACCAGAACAAUGCUCCAGGAAACAACUUCCAAAGGAGAUUUCAAGGGGGAGGUUUAGAGUACAAAUCUGACCAAUAUUUACAACCUCCUCCAAUUUCACAAACUCCAACAUCUGAGCUAGAGAAAGCACUGAUACAGUUGACAAAGACAACUGAAGCGUUCAUGAAUGAAACUAGGACUCAUCAUAAAAGUCAAGAUGCUUCAAUCAGAAAUCUGGAAACUCAAAUUGGGCAGUUGUCAAGACAAUUAGCUGAGAGAAGUCCUGGAGCAUUCCCCAGUGACACUAUAAUCAACCCAAGGAAGCUCUGCAAUGCCAUCACUACUAAAAGCGAGGAUCUAGAAAAAGUGGAAGCUCCUACAGGCAAGGAUGAGUACACUCAAGAAGGCAAGGAAGAAGCAAAAGAGCAACCUCCUGUAGUUCAGAAGAAGCAAUGGGAUUUCUCACGUUUUGAGAAGCCUCUAUAUCCUAUGGGGAAAGCUCUGGAGAAAAAGCCUUCAUAUGCAACGUUCCUGAAGGAGACAUUGUCUAAGAAGCAGAAGCUCACUGAGGAUGAACAUGUUACACUAAUAGAGGAGUGUAGUGCAAUCAUACAGAAGAACUUGCCUCCAAAGUUGAAGGAUCCAGGGAGCUUCAGUAUUCCAUGCACCAUCGGCAAGACGACCAUAGAGAAAGUACUUACAAAUGAAGCUCUAUUGCCUGCAUCUCAACCUAAAAACCAAAUUAAAUAUAUUGCGGAGAAAAAGGUUGAGAAAGGGAACAAGAAGGAAGUCCAUCAGAGGCAUGAGGAAAGCAAGCCAAAGGUUAAGAUGGAAAAGCCCAAGAGUAAGGAAGAACAUGUGAAACCUAAGCUUAAAAUUUCUUAG